AUGCCUGGGCGAUUUUCACCAUCGAGUUGUUUCUUCCACCACCUCCAUUUUCAAUUAACGAUAUCGUUCGACAAUGUCCUCAUUCUUCCUUCCUGUCUUUCUUACUUGGCUGCCUUUCCGUCUAUUUUUCAUUUAUCAUCACUUGUUUUCUGUCAUUUCAUCUUUUAUUCACUUUCGUUUUUUUCAUUCAACUGCAGUUUUUUUUCAUUCACAUUCAAGUUUCCUGUGUUUGUUUGCAUUUUCGUUUCAUCUUUUCUAUGUUUUUAUUUUUCUUAUAUAUAUUCUUUCUCUUUUUUCUUUUCCUUUAUUUAUUUGUCUUCUUUUUCUUUGUUUCUUUUAUUAAUUUAUUUUAGUUUCGUUUCGUUUUUUUAUUCCUUUCUUUCAUUCAUUCUCGCUUUCCUGUUAGUUUUUUUAAUUGUUUUCUUCAUCCGUUCUUUUAAAAAUCUUUCUUUCUUUUUCAUACUUCUAUUUUCUUCUUUCCUCUAUUUGUUAUUCUUUACCUACUUUUUUCUUUCUUUCUUUCUUUCUUUCUUUCUUUCUUUCUUUAUUUCUUUCUUUCUUUCUUUUAAUCCUUCUUUCUUUCUUUCUUUCUUUCUUUCUUUCUUUUUAUCCUUCUUUCUAUAUCGUCUUUUUUUCUCUCUCUACUUCUUUUUCAUUUCUUUCCCCUUUUUCAUUAUUUUCUUCCGUUUCUGUUUAUUUGUUACUCUGAAGUAUAUAUCUUUCCUUUUAAAUCUUUUUCUUCUCUCAUCAGAUUUUUUUCACUUAGUUUUUCCUCCUUUUCUUUCCUCUAUCUUUUACUUAUCUUUUACUUACUUUCUUUUUUUCUUUCUGAGCCUUCUUCUUGUUUUUUUCAGUUAUUCUCCUUUGUAUUAUUUCCUCUUUUUUCUUUUCGUUGGUUUAAUAAUUCUUUCUUGUUCGUACUUCUUUUUUCUAUACUGUUUUCCAGUUCUUAACGAAUUUUUCGUUCUGCUCAUCCUCUUUCUCUCUCUCUCUCUCUCUUUCUUUCUUUCUUUCUUUCUUUCUUUCUUUCUUUCUUUCUAUAUUUACAGUCUCUUUCUUUUCUUUUUUUUUUCAAUUCGAUCUAUCAUUUCUUUUUUCCCAGCUUUCCUUUCCUCUUCUCUUUCUUUCAUUCUGAUUUCUUUUACUGGUCCUUUCUCAUCUCUAAUCAAAUUAUUCCCCGUUCAUUUUUUCACUUUCUUUUUUCUUAACGAUUUAUCAGUAUUUUUCAAUACUUUGCCUGUCUUCUCGUUCACUCUCUUUCUUUUUAUAUUUUUAAAACUUUCUUACUUUCUUUUCUAUCUAAUUUUUCCUUCUUUAAUCUCCCUCUUCUUCCCAGUUUUUCAUUAUUUUUAUUCCCCCUGCCUUUCUUUCUUUUAA